AGUGUAGGUAUACGCUUUGAAUGAAUCAGCACCAUGGAGAGUGCUGUCCGUUUCACCACCAUAGACAGCAGGCUACUUGGCUGUUUUACUGCGCUGCCACGUUGUGUUUGACACUUGUUUUCUCAAUGUGUUCCGGGUACCUCAGAGCCCCCCCGGAUACAAAUUAAGGACUGGAGCAGGCCCUGCUAGCCCUGGGCUAAGGGUGCUGGUAAGCAGACCAACCCUCACCCUUUGGACCUGCCCAUCCGAGGAAAGAUCCCUGUUGUUUCUGGGGUGCCCAAUGUCUACCACACAACCCGGCUCUGUGAGAGGUUGUUCCAGCCGAAGAGUGACUUUGACCUGACGGACCCCAACGGCUACCUGUUGAGCUCUGGGUACAGCAGUCUCCAUGACCCCAACCUCAGGAAGUACCUGCACCGCAAAGACAUCCACCAACGCCUCCUUAACCUGGGCUUCAUCACCAAGGAUGAGAAAAUUAUCUGUUCAGUCAAAGAGUUGAACCGCUAUAGAGAUCACCUGGCGGAUGUGGAGUUGGACUGGGGUCGGAGAUUCAGGACCGAACAGAAAGAGUCUGUGCGUAAGUUCCUGACCCUCCAGCAGCAGGGUCAGAUCCCUGAACACGUGACUCUAUCUGAUGUCACAGAGUGGUUACUGCACAGGGGAAGGAGCCUCUUUAGGAAGAGACAGCAGUCCAACAGGGCCAGAAGGUUCCCUUCCAAGUAUGGGCUGGAGGAGGACUGUUAUCUUGCUAGACUGCCCAGUAUUGCUAUGGGAGGCAACAUGGUAGAUCUAGACUGCUGCUCCAGCCCCACCUGCAGGUCGGAACUGUUGUGGAAUGCUAAGGGCCGUGCGUUGCUGCAGGAGGUCAGCAAGGAGGUGAAGAGAGAGAUGAGGCUGGAGCAACGUUGGGUCACAAGCCAACGGGAAAAAGAGAAAAUGAAACGGGAGAGACAACAAAGACGUCUCAAAGGCGGGAAGAAAGAUUCUCCAACCAAGACAGAUUCACAAGACAACUCAGAGAGCAUGGACAACAUCCUGAUAUCGGUAUCCAAUCCUGACAACAACCAAUUCGACCCCUCUGAUCAUCACUCCUUACCUUCUCCAGUGGAACAGAAAUGUGACGUAACGAGAAAACUCUCGGCUCUGUGUCACAACAUGGUCGAAGCAGUGAAUCAGAAGUCCAUCAUCUCUGCCCACAACCUCUUUGCUGAGGGCCCAGGGCUGGUUGACUCUGUCUCCUCCACCUUGGUGACCUGUAGCAGUCUGAUUGGACAAGCUGGCUCCCUUCAGUCCAUCACCCAGCAACUGUCUGAAAUAGAACAGAGGCUACUGAUGGAGCAUUUUAAAGGAACUAUCACCACUGAGGACCUACACACCAUCAUACACAGUGUGGUGGUGACCGUAGUGGAGGAGGUCAACGGGAUCCUCAUCCCAGCCAUCAUGGCCUUCGAGUACGAGCGCCUAACAGGCUCCGUCAGCUCCAGUGACAUACCCAACAGCGACGUACCCACCUACAGCAGCCCCUCCUCCUCGGACUACUACCGGACAUCCUCCUUCAGCACUAGCCUGCAGUCCUCCUCCCCUCAGAUAGGGCUGUCCAGCCCUACGUCUACACCUCCCAUCAUGCCGUUCAAACCUACCACCGGUGUCAUCAGACAGAGGACAUUGACCGUGAGCUUUCCUGAAGAGGCUGAUCGAGAGUCUGAGAGAGAAACUAAGGGAGAGGCAUCUCUCUCAGUGGACCUGGCUGCCUCCAGUAGCCCAAGCCCUUCUGAAAACCAAUCCUCGCCUUUGGAGACAAGUCCUCCAUGCUUGAGGUCUUCAGGAACCCAUUUUGAAUCUGCUGGAACCCAUUUGGAAUCUUCUGGAUCCAGUCUGGGGUCUUUAGGAACCGACCUGCUGGUGAAGGUCGAGGCCGUUAUUCAGGAGGUGAUAAGGGGAGCCGUAGAUAAACUAGAGGCCGAGAGGAACAACAGGCACGGAAGAAGGGUGAGAAACAUGAGUCCUGAGGAAAAGGCUGAGAGUGUCUCCAAGAGUACUGAGGCUGCAUCAAGAGAGAGUAGUGGUGAGAGGAGAGUCAGGGGAGUGGGGAGCAAUGGUAAGAAGGUGGAGACUGUUGCAGACACAACGGCCAAGACUGAACUUCUGACUAUUGAAGAUACAAUGGCUAAACUGGAGAUAAAGAAAGUUGAGAUUAUUGCUGAUGCGAUACCCAAGACUGCAAGUAAGGAGGUGGCCACUACGAUGGAAAAGGUGGAGGCUAAGGAAGAGGAUACUCUUGCAGAUGUGAUGGCAAGGACUGAAUUUACAGAGGUGCCAAUUAUUGCAGGUACAACUGCCAAGAAUGAAGUUCAGGAAGUGGAGACUAUUGCAGAUGUAAUGGAAAAGACCAAAAUUAAGGAAGUAGUUGAGAUUAACAAGAGGGACACCCAAGAGGCAAAGGUAAAGACUAGUUUUGAGAGAGAGGUCGAGCUGACUAAAAGGUUGGACAUUGACACUAAAACGGAAGAAGAAGCCAAUGCUGAGAUGAACGCAGAUGAACAAGACAAUACCAUAUUGGAGAAUAACAACAGGUGCUAUGAGCUUAUUCUAACAGCUGGAGAGGCCAAGAUAGAAGUCAGAGAUGAGAAAAUAGAAUGCAAGGUAGAACUCAGGGAUGAGAAUAUUGGUGCAAAGAAUGAAACUAUGGAUGCAAAGGAUUCUGUUGAGAAUGCACAUGCUGAGAAAAGUGAACACAGCCACGUAAGCCCUGAGCUAUUUCAGUCAUCAUCAGACAAUGAUGAAGGUGGUCCUUCGAUGUUCCCCAUGACCAGCAUGUUGAAGAGCGCUGCCCUGUCCUCGGACCAGGUUGAUGAGAUCCUAGACAAGGUGAUCGAUGUUCUGACUGGGGAGGGCCACAAGUUCAUCUUCUCAGAGUACAGGCCAAGUAUGACCUCAAGCUCAGACUCCACGGUGUGUAUUGCCUCAAGCCCAGAAUCUAGACCAGGUCUUACCUCUACUCCAGUGGACAGAACAAGCAGUUCCUCCAUCCCUGAGGCCAGGCCAAGCAGUUCCUCCAUCCCUGAGGCCAUGCCAAGCAGUUCCUCCAUCCCUGAGGCCAGACCAAGCAGUUCCUCCAUCCCUGAGGUCAGGCCAAGCAGUUCCUCCAUCCCUGAGGCCAGACCAAGCAGUUCCUCCAUCCCUGAGGGCAGACCAAGCAGUUCCUCCAUCCCUGAGGGCAGACCAAGCAGUUCCUCCAUCCCUGAGGGCAGACCAAGCAGUUCCUCCAUCCCUGAGGGCAGACCAAGCAGUUCCUCCAUCCCUGAGGACAGGCCAAGCAGUUCUUCUGCCACUCCAGGGUCUAGCCCCAGCAGUGAGUCUCUGUGCUGCCUGUCUAGCGGCCACAAUCAGGAGAUCAAUGUCCAACCCCCAUCUGACCCACCUAGUAAGCUCCUAGGAGGCCAGGCCAGCACCCCGAGGCCUCAAAACCCACUGCUGCUCAGUGAAGAGGAUCUGUCAGACAGGGAGCUAAUGCCCUAUGCCAACAGCAUUAUCAACAUUAUCAUGCAGAAGAUGCACCAUGACGAUGACCUUUACGAGUCCGUGGGUGGCCAGAAACCACUGUCCCCAAGAAGGCGAUCACGCUCAGCUCUUCUGUCACAAUACUCUCCUCAGGACAACUCUGAGAUCUCUGUGCUUUACAUCCCCAAGAGGGCUGAUCGGAAAUCACUGAAGUCAGUUGAUCCGAAGGCCCUGAGAGUAGUCAGGUGGGUGCUGCAGACCAUCCAUAGACGCCAUGGGUGGCUGGGUCAGGCUAACGACCACAGCAGACAGGCCAAAGAAAGCUUGCUGCUCUGUGAUGUCAUCCAGGUCCUGCUUGAGAAGCUCGACCACAAGAUGGCCACUACUGGAGAUCUACAGGUGGCACCUACCCAAACAUAUGCCCUACAUACUGACGACCGCUUCAAGACGAAGUUGCAGGAGGCUACAGUUGAACCCAUCAGCGAUAUCAUCGGACAUCUGUCCAUCAAUCUGCUGAGGUCCGAGUCUUGCUUUGUGCCUAAGAAGAGAUGGUUGUCGUCAAGCACCCGGGCUAAGAGCGUCUCAAUGACCAACCUGGGGAGCCGAGCUGCGGCUUCGGCUGUAGCCAUGGACAUCAGCUCCAAUGUGGUUGAGAAGCUCAAAGAGGCCUCAGGUAGCAGCAAGACCACCUGCUCGAUGACUAGCCUUCGGGACUUUGUCAGAGCCAUGACCGUCAGCCAACCAGAGCUCAGCCAGCAGGCCACCUCGUGUGGGUCAAAAAUUCACAAUGUCUACAGGGAGGUUCUGGAGAUCGUUGUGACCAAGCUGAGGAGUUUUGUCACCAAAGGGGGAUCAUUUCACAAGCCCACAGAGCACUUAGCGCAGAAGAUGGCGGAGAGCUGCCUCGAGGUAGAAUGUGCUUUCAUGGAGAUUCUGCAGACACUUAAGAGUCACGGAACAGGCGAUGAGGCAUGCAGUGCCUUGGCAGUUGACUGCAUGUCCACGACUAUCUCUGACACCAUGUUUAAACGUGUGACUGAGGGGGGCCAUCCUCCUCAUCUUACUCAUGUCUCUGGGGCAACGGUCACAAACUGUGGUCCAAUCAGAAUCAGUGAUGUUAACCAGAAGCGGCCUAUCAAGAUCAAGGCUAGAAUGUCCAGGUCCUCCGUGAACCUCCUACAAACCACUGUGGAAAAGUUUGUGCAUAAGCUGACGGGUGAGCGGGUGUCCAUCCCAGAACUAGGAGAAGGAAUGUCUACUUCUACCAGUCCCCAGCAAGGAAAUGAUCCUGAGAACCUACGUAGGCCACAGAGUGUUCAGAGGAGAUUCACUACUGAGCCUCCCUCCGAGCUCUCGCCACGGAGCCAACUGAAACGGGAGGAGCUAAUUAGUAUGCUGUGUGCAUUGAUGAGCAAAUCCAUCAUUAGCUCCUUGUCUUUGGAUAGAGCUUUUCAGGUUCCAGUUGACGCAGUCUCAGAUACAAAGGAAAGCAGAGCUUCUGCCGUGAAGUUGGGUAGGAAUACCAGCACACUGGUGCCAACGCCCCCUCCUCGCCCCACCCACACUAACAGCCAGACGGAUAAUAAGCCUGUCCAAGAGGACAGCAGGAGGAGAAUCCGACCUCUCCGUACUCUUCAGGCUGCCAAGAGGGUGGUCAGCUCCAUGGACUUGGGCAUUUCCCGGACCACUAGUAGAAGCAGUGGGGUGGUAGGUCAGCUGGCGUGUCCAGCCAAAAGCAACAACAAUCUCUUCAGCGAGCCGCCAAGCACCUCUGCAGCCAGUUCAAACACAUCCCUAGUAGCCUCGGAGAUCACUGAGAAUUUGGUGUGUCAGCUCCUCCAGGGUGAUUCUCCAGACUUCAUGUCAUCCAGCAACCACACCAGCCCCAGAGGAACAACAUUCAACUAAUGGAACUACAGAAACAUCGUUUUCUAAAUAUCUAGGCUUAAUAAAAAAUAAUUUUGCGAUGACAUUAUUUGGUCACUUGUUCAAGGUUUUAAUAUGAUCAUUCAAAGUAGACUACCUGAUUUUGAUUUUCACAUACUGGUAAGUAACCCACUAAAGGUUUCCUCAUGUGUCCGUUGUGUAAGCAUAGACCAUAAAAAGAAAAGGAUGUAAGCGAAAAUAUUGACUUCAUUCCUUGCCAGCAAAUCAUAAACGCUGUAA